AUGUCAACUCCAGCAGGAGCCACUGUGUUAACCACACAGGCUUGUUUAAAUCUCAUGCUUAAAUUUGAGAAUCGUGAGUCUGUGAUUGAUUUGAUUUGUCUACCCUUUAAGGGUAUUGACAUGAUUAUUAGUAUGGAUUGGCUAUUAGCAAAUAAUGCCAUUUUGGAUUGUAAAAGGAAGAUGGUAACCCUUCAUUUGUACACUAUGAUAGUUGAGACUGUUAAUGCUCUUUUGUGGUUGUUUGCUACUCAACCAACCAAGUGCAUUCAGAAGGGUUGUAAGGCUUCUGGUAGUAUGGAUAAAGAAGUUGGUAUUGAGCAAAUUGAGGUAGUAAAGGAGUUUCCUGAGGUAUUUCCUGAGGAAGUGUCUAGUUUACCCCCUAAGAGGGAAGUUAAGUUCUCUAUUGAGCUAGUGCCAGGGACAACUCCAAUUUCCAAAGCACCAAACAGAAUUUCACCUUCUGAAUUGAUAUAG